ACUUCGCUUCAGCACCUCACCACUGCAUUCCACAGAGAUUCACUCAUCCUUCAAGACAAUUGCUUAUAUAUCGUGUUCACUCCUCUUCAACCUCUUCCUCUUCUCCUCCUUCAGCAAACUCGAAACCUCGAGACUGACCGUGGCAACUCAGACUUUCACAUUGCUCCAAACAACUAAUCAAUCCUCAACACCAUCACCAUGUCUAACAACAAAACCUUGACUCUCCAGAGCUCCGAUGGCGAAGACAUCAGCGUUGACCGUGACGUUGCAGAGAGAUCAAUCUUGAUCAAGAACAUGGUCGGCGAUCUCGGAGAAGAAGCCAUGGACGAAGCAAUUCCGAUCCCCAAUGUCAACGCUGCAGUCCUCAAGAAAGUUAUCGAGUGGUGCCAACAUCACAAGCAUGACCCUCCUUCCAGCAACGAAGACGAUUCCGACUCCCGUAAAAAGACAACCGACAUAGAGGAGUGGGACCAGAAGUUCAUGCAGGUGGAUCAAGAGAUGCUUUUCGAGAUCAUUCUGGCCGCCAAUUACCUUGAUAUCAAGGCAUUGCUUGAUGUCGGAUGCAAGACUGUCGCAAACAUGAUCAAGGGCAAGUCUCCCGAGGAGAUCCGCAAGACCUUCAACAUCCAGAACGACUUCACCCCUGAGGAGGAGGAUCAGAUUCGCCGUGAGAAUGAGUGGGCCGAGGAUCGCUAGAUUGCUCGUCCGCAAUCCUGAAAUCUCGGUGCAUGCUUCGGGAGUUACGGUUCUAUCAUGAGAUGCAUGAACGGCGUUCAGAUGGGGUCAUUGCUGUUUUAGGAGGGAUCAUUCGGAGAGUCUCUCGAAUGACGAAGAAGCUUGCGCUCAUUGGUGGCUCGAGCAGAGAACAUUAGCAAGCAUGUCUACGAUCGCGCUUGAGUGACACGGUACAGAAUAAGGUGCAGAGCGGCAGCUACAGUGGUUAAAGCGGCCUGCGCUGCGCUCUGACAUAGCAAUCCAUACCUUACGGAUGAAGUUGAGCCCUGGCACACAUACUUGCAGUUUCACAAUGCCUCCAAGCAGAGAAUGAUGGAAUUGUUCAAGAACUGAAAACGUCUCGAGACAAUUGUGCGUUUGAUUGAUCUUUUCCUCUGUCCACAGCGAAGGUAGCUAUGUGGGAUAGAAGAGUUUUCGAAAGGCUGCCAUCGAGCAUGAUAAUU